AUGGCCUUUGGUCGCUUGACAACAAAAUGGCGUUUCUUUUGCAGCAAUUUAAACUUCUACCUGGAAAAGAAUAUCCGCAUUUGCAAUGUCGCUUUGCACCGUCACAAUUUUGUGAUUGACCAGCAAGAAAUUGAAGAUCUAGGAAGUCUAGAAGGGACAGAGACCACUGAUCAACUUAGAACCAUGGGUGGAAUUGAACAAUUUUCAGAUCCUCGGUCUCCCAACAAUCUUGGUUUUCUACCCAACCAUGAAGAUCCAGAACAACUUGCUGAAAGGCCUCCUCAGAAUAAUCAACAGGAUGAAGGAAUGGACGACUUAAUGGAUGGAAUGGAGGAUGAAACAUCAGUCAUCUACACCAAUUUAAGCAGGCACAAUUCCAUUUUGGACUAUAUCCAGGAUUUGGAACUAGAACGUCCAGAUAAGAAUCGGUCAAGAAACAACAAUUAA